AAAAGCUUUUUAAAGGACUUUAAUAGACAGAUAUUGUUCUUAUGAGCUACCCUUCAAAAGGCGAAGAGAUUGAGAAAAGACUUCAUCGUAUUCGAAUUACAUUAACAUCUCGAAAUGUUAAGAAUUUAGAGAAAGUUUGCUCUGAUUUGACGCAAAGAGCAAAAGACAAAAAUUUGCGUGUAAAAGGUCCGGUCCGUUUACCGACAUGUGUAUUAAAAAUUACAACAAGAAAAACACCAUGUGGAGAAGGCUCAAAAACAUGGGAUAGAUUCGAAAUGCGUAUUCAUAAGAGAAUUAUUGAUUUACAUUCUCCAACAGAAACAGUAAAACAGAUAACAUCUAUUACUAUGGAGCCGGGCGUAGAAGUUGAGGUGACAAUUCAACAAUCAUCUCAGCUUUCCCUAGGUGUUUAA